GAGACUUCAGCACAAUGUCUUACCAACAACAACAGUGCAAGCAGCCCUGCCAGCCACCUCCUGUGUGCCCAGAGCCUUGUUCUCCCCCAAAGUGCCCAGAGCCUUGUCCUCCCCCAAAGUGCCCAGAGCCUUGUCCUCCUCCACAAUACCCAGAACCUUGUCCUCCUCCAAAGUGCCCAGAGCCUUGUCCUCCUCCAAAGUGCCCAGAGCCUUGUCCUCCUCCAAAGUGCCCUGAGCCCUGCCCCCCUCAGCCAUGCCAGCAGAAAUGUCCUCCUGUGCAACCUCCUCCAGCCUGCCAGCAGAAGUGCCCACCCAAGAGCAAGUGACUGCUUUCGCUGUCACCAGGACCAAGAGCAGAGAAAGGAAUCCAUCUCACCUAUUUCCAUAGCAACAACUCUAUCUUCCCUUCAAAGCCUGUCCUGUAUGCAGAAGAAUCUUCUCCAUUCUUCACUCCCCAUAUGCCAAUGAUGAUCUCUGAUAGGAAAGGCAUUUUCAUGAGACUACUCUACUAUUGUCAAGGGGUUGCUGAGAAUGGUCCUUCCUCUGUGGUCUAGUAUCCCAGAUACACAGAGGGUAGGGCAGCAGGUGUUAUCCCAGUGCCCUCAGAGGAGCCUUCCUCUGCCUUUCACCUGGGCAGAAACUUAUACAACUUAGACAA